AUGUUCCAAAAUUUCAUUGAAAAUGAGAUAGAUUCAAAGUCAAGUGCUGAAUUGCGUGCAAAGUUCUUCAAGAAUAUCGAAGUUAAGCGAGAAAAGAUGUCUUCUGGUCAGCAGCAACAUCAACCACUACCACCACUUAAGAGGAUAAAAACCCUUAGUGAUAGGAAAAGGGAGCAGAAGUUAAGAAAAAUUGGUGUCCAAGCAAAUGAUAAGCAGAAUUUUGUUGAAAAGCCAAAAGUUGCAAAAGAAAAAGGGCAGAAUUUGAAGAAAAGUAAAGUACAGAUGGAAGCAAGUAUGACUCACUCACAAGGAUCAACAUGUAGACAAGAAAAAGAACUUCCUUCUAAAUCUACUGCUGUGGCUCACAAGAAUACUAACGAAGUAGAUUCUAGAAUGACUCAAGAUUUGAAGAGAAAAGAGACCACAAUUGAAGAUGAUAUUGAAGAGUGUGGCAGCUUGCAAGAAAGGCCAACUAAGAAGGGAAAAAUACGUCAAUUUGCUUCAAUGCCGAUUGAUACUUUUCUUCAACUUAACAAUGAACCUGAUGGUGAAGAGCAAUUGGAUGAGAAUGAAGGAGAUAUUAUAGAGGAGCAGGACAAGGAUUAUAUUAAUCCAACUGAGGCUGAGAACAUAGACAAUACUUUGAAAGAGACAACAGUGAAGAAAACACGAGGUCCUACACAAUGCUUGAAGAUUCAUGCAAGACAGUUGGAAGAUAGAGAAGAAAUUACUCUAGAUAUUGAAGGAGAGGCAAUUGGUCCUACUAAUGAAGUUGUAAAUAACUUGAGCAAAUUUUUGGGUACAGUGGCAAGGAAUUCAGAUUUUUGUCCAUUAAUUUACACAAAUUGGAAGGGGAUUAAAGAUAAAGAAGCCAUUUGGGAAUAUGUUCAAGCUAAGUCCAUUAUUCCAACUGAAGGAAAGAGGAUAGUCCUUGCUCGUAUCAAUGACAACUGGAGACGGUAUAAGACCACAAUCAAGCAAAAUCAUUUUCUGCCAUACAAAUGUGUUAAUGAAAUGCUGAAAAAUCGUCCUAAAAGCAUACCUGAGAGUCAUUUUCGCAAGUUGAUUGCUUAUUGGAGAACUGAGAAAGUUAAGAAAAUGUCUGCGCAGAAUAAGAAAAAUAGGGCACAACAGAAAUUUAGCCAUCGAAAGGGACCAAUAAAUUUUGCAAGAAUACGUACAAGAUUGGCUGCUUCUAAGGAAAAUAAUGAACCACCUACUCAAGCAGAAAUGUUUGUUGAGACUCGCCAAAGCACAAAGGGAAAAUCAUUGGAUGAAGACACUUUGGAUGUUAUUGCACAUCUACAAGUUGAGAAUAAAAAGUCUAAAGAAUCAGCAAUUAGAGCUUUUCAAUCCAUAUUUGGGAAAGAGAAGGCAGGGAGAGUGCGAUGUCACGGAAGAGUUACGACACCAACUUUGUUGAAGAAAAAUGAAGAAAUUGCCACCCUUAAGCAGCAACAUGCAGCUGAGAAAGCAUCAUUAGAGGGAGUGGACUUUGAGAUGUUAGCUGCUCAACUAGGAAGCACUUUAGGCAAUCCGAACAAUGAUGCGCAUGAGGAGGAAAACUAUGUUGAAGGGGAAAUCAAACUUGAUUAA